GGCGCCGAGCGGCCGGUCACGUUUCUGCCUGUAUGAAGUCGGGGCCGGGCAGCGCCGCGCCGCGCCGGGCAGGGCUGCGCCGGGCCGGGGGACGCGCGGAAUAUAUUGAUGACUCUUUCAGAAUUGGAAAGACUGAUGAGUACAUUCAUUAAGGUGUGACUUCAUGGCUCUUCAGAAAGUCUACUUGAUUGGGAUUCUCUAACACAGGUGUGUUCCCCAAAACAGGUUGUUCCUUCUUUUCUGAUGUUGAAGUCUUCUAUGCUCCGAAUAGAUACACCUCAGUAUCAAAGGAAGUGUUGUCACGGGCUCUAUAUUCUUUUUAUACUGAUCAAUUUAGACUUUCUGUGGAAAAGACUUUCCUCAGAUGCUGUAGAUGGAUGAACUGGGCUUACUCAGUCAACUGCGUAUUUCUUCUGGUUAAUAAUAGAAAACCAGAAGAUUAGAUUCAACUGUCUCUAGUUUUACUCAGGCUGAUGAAAGACCCUGGCUUGAAUGACUUGUAUUGAGUUUGAGAUGAAACUCCUUUUGAUGUAGGUUUGUCUUAGCUUUCUGUUAAUUUGUAGAGAGGCUUAUGAUGAGAAUUUUAAGUAGUUACAAGACUUUUUUUCUUAAUACCUUCCUAAAUGCGUUAAGUAGAUGAAACCUAUAUAAGCAAUUAAAACGAUACGUUGCUACUGUGAAUAGCAUACAUAUUUUCAAAUGUGUACUUUAAGCCUCUGUGUAAAAGUGUCAUGAUGGAGAUCACAAAGCUAGAAAAGUGCUGUGUCCCCUCAUAAAUAGUUGGGCAAAUCCUUGUGAAUUUUCUGUAUAUCUUAGUGAUAUACCUUAACUUUAUAAAGGAAAUAUGGAAUAUAGGGAGAUGAGUUAGUUGUGAGUGAAGUGUAAAAGCUGACUUUCAACACUAGUUAGAUCUAAAAGACAUUCCAGCAUCUGUGCUUAAAAUUGCAAAAUCUGAAAGUAGCUCUGAAUAAAGCUAUUUCCUAACGCUUCUCUUGGCCAGAGAUACAGAGCUUAUUUAAAUCCUGUUUUAUCAAUUGAUGAUAAAGGUAAAACACAGAACUAAUAUGUACAGAUUUGUACCAUAGUCUGAGACUUGCAGAACACAUCAGCAUUGUGACAUUAUGCAGAAUGGAACAUUGUGAAUAAAUUCUUCCUUAAGUCUGGCCAACGCAAAUGUACUUUUAGCAGUUGCUAGAUGUGCUGCAUUUUAAAUUAACGCAUAUUAACAUGGCUGUUAUCCAAAAUGGUUAGUUUUGUAAACAAUCAAAAGCCAUCUGGACGUGGUCCUGGGCAGCCAGCUGUGGGAGGCCCUGCUUGAGCAGAGUGUUGGACCAGAUAAACCCCACAGGUUUCUUCCAACCUCAGCCAUUCUGUGAAUUGCAAUUUGCUUACUGCCUAAAACUUGAAUCAUAGAAUCAUUAAGGUUGGAAGAGACCUCCAAGAUCAUCUGGUCCAACCAUCAUGAUAUUACCAAUGUCACCCACUAAACCAUGUCCCUAAGCACUAGGUCUCACCUUUCCUUGAACACCCCCAGGGGGAGUGAUGCCACCACUUCCCUGGGCAACCCGUUCCGACGCUUGACUGCUCUUUCUGAGAAGAAAUGUCUCCUAAUUUCAAACCUAAACCUCCGCUGGUGCAACUUGAGGCUAUUCCCUCUAGUCUUAUUGCUAGCUACCUGUGAGAAGAGGCUGACCCCCAGCUCCCAACACCUCAUAGCAAGCCUACAGAGUUGUAGAUGAGAUUAGAUUUAUUAGAUCAAGUCUUAAAACUGGAUAUUCUAAAUAAACCAAAGCAUGUGGACCUCCUGUUGAAUACGUUGGGCACUUUGCUGUUCUCUACUGGAGGAUUUAGCCCUUCAUUCUUAGUGGUUGUGUCAGCUUGUGCAGACCUUAAUGUGCAUGGUGUGACACCAUACUGAUAGUGGAUGAGAAGUUAUUGCUGAGAGGAGAAGUUAUUUUAUCUAUUGUAGAAGGUUCUGCUAUUUUAAAACUUUACAAGACCUUAUUGUAGACCAUAAGUGUUUAAAACACAAAUUUGUAUCUGAUUCCUCUGCUGGAUGACAGUUUCAUAUUUAACCAACGUUUAUCUGCAUAGGAAUGGCAUAACUGUGAGCAUCUCUCUGGUAUCUGUUUGAAGAGGACACUGUUGGGGGGCCCAGGUAUUUCUUUUAUAUUUUAUAGUUGUAGAGGUGUCCGGACUCUGUAAUGGUCAAAGAUUUCCAGUAGAAGAGGAUGAGACAAGAAUUAAAUGCAUGUGGGAGACUCUGGACCUAGGCACUUCAUGCUUUUGAUGCUAGCUGGGAGGGAACUUGAUAAACAUUUUUACCAACUUUUCAUAGGAAGAAACAGAUGCUGCUAUAACUUCAGGGUCUGGCACUUGGAUGGCUCUGGAUAAAGGCUUUGUCUUGGCCAGUUCCUCUGUUGUGAAGUGAAUGGCAGCUAUUUGUGGGUCUGUACUUCCAGGCAGAAUUUGUACAGACAGAAAAUUCUGAAUGUGGCUUGACUUGAUCUUGGCAGUGUUUCUAAUGAGUGUCCCAUGGACAGUAUCAAGUUCAGGGGGUUCUACUCUAGCACUGAGGAGCAGAACCCUGAGCAGUAACCUGGUAUCAGUGAACACAUUUCUUCAUUGUUCUCUUUAAAAGAGCAACAGAAAAUGAGUGAGUUUUCUGGACUUGCAAGUAGUCAUAACCAGAUGAUUACUGAAGAUUCAGGAAUUCAGACAAAGCCUGAACACUCUCAUGAAGUUCUUCAGGAAGAUAUUGAGAUGAGCAGUGGAUCCAGUGGAAAUGACUUCAGUGGAAAUGAAACAAAUGAAAACUACUCCAGCGGGCAUGAUUCUCAUGGCCAUGAAUCUGAUGAAAAUGGGAAAGAUUCAGCAAUGCUCAUGGAAUCUUCAGACUGUCAUAAAAGUUCAAGCUCAAAUGCAUUUAGUCUGAUGAUCGCGAACUCUGAACACAAUCAGUCUAGCAGCGGAUGUAGUAGCGAGCAGUCCACUAAAGCCAAAACACAAAAGGAGUUGUUGAAAACUUUACAAGAGCUGAAAGCUCACCUUCCUUCUGAAAAGCGAAUUAAAGGCAAAUCUAGUAUCCUAACAACGUUGAAAUAUGCCCUUAAAAGCAUUAAACAAGUUAAAGCCAAUGAGGAGUAUUACCAAUUGUUGAUGAUUAAUGAAUCCCAGCCUUCUGGACUCAAUGUGUCAUCUUACACAGUGGAAGAAGUUGAAACUAUAACCUCAGAAUACAUCAUGAAAAAUGCAGAUAUGUUUGCUGUAGCUGUUUCUCUGAUUACUGGGAAAAUUGUCUACAUCUCUGAUCAAGCUGCUUCUAUUCUUCGCUGUAAGAGAGGUUAUUUUAAAAAUGCCAAAUUUGUGGAGUUCCUGGCACCUCAGGAUGUCAGUGUUUUCUAUACUUCUACUACCCCAUACAGAUUGCCAUCUUGGAAUAUUUGCAAUAGAGCUGAGUCUUCCACCCAGGAUUGCAUGGAAGAGAAAUCUUUUUUCUGUCGCAUCAGUGCAGGGAAGGAGCGUGAAAACGACAUUUGCUAUCACCCGUUUCGGAUGACUCCUUACCUUAUCAAAGUACAAGAUCCGGAAGUAGCAGAAGACCAGCUUUGCUGUGUGUUGCUUGCAGAAAAAGUGCAUUCUGGUUACGAAGCACCCAGAAUUCCUCCUGACAAAAGAAUUUUUACAACUACACACACACCAACCUGUUUGUUCCAGGAUGUAGACGAGAGAGCGGUACCUCUAUUGGGAUACCUACCUCAGGACUUAAUAGGAACACCAGUAUUGGUGCAUCUUCACCCAAAUGACAGACCCUUAAUGCUAGCAAUUCACAAGAAAAUUCUUCAGUAUGGAGGACAGCCUUUUGACUAUUCACCAAUCAGGUUUUGCACUAGAAAUGGAGAUUAUAUAACCAUGGACACUAGCUGGUCCAGUUUCAUCAAUCCUUGGAGUCGAAAAGUUUCAUUUAUCAUUGGAAGACACAAAGUUAGGACGGGUCCCUUAAAUGAAGAUGUCUUUGCUGCUCCCAACUAUACAGAGGACAGAAUCCUUCACCCUAGUGUUCAGGAAAUCACAGAGCAAAUAUAUCGGCUGCUAUUGCAGCCUGUACACAACAGCGGAUCCAGUGGCUAUGGAAGUCUAGGUAGCAAUGGUUCACAUGAGCACUUAAUGAGUGUGGCAUCCUCCAGUGACAGCACAGGAAAUAAUAAUGAAGACACUCAAAAGGAUAAAACAAUUGGUCAGGAUGCCCGGAAGGUCAAAAAUAAAGGACAACGUAUUUUCAUUGACAGUAAAACAAAACUGGAACAUAAGAGAGAGCCUUUUGCAGAAAAACAAAGUGGUCCUGGCGGUCAGGUGAAAGAUGUGAUAGGAAAGGAUACUACAGUCACAGCUGCUCCUAAAAAUGUGGCUACUGAAGAAUUGGCUUGGAAAGAGCAACCUGUGUAUUCUUAUCAACAGAUUAGCUGUUUGGACAGUGUCAUCAGAUACUUGGAGAGUUGUAAUGUGCCUGGUACAGCAAAAAGAAAAUGUGAACCUUCUUCAAGUGUGAAUUCUGGUGUUCAUGAACAAAAAGCAGCUGUUAAUGCUAUGCAACCCUUGGGAGGCCCUACUGUGUUGAAGGCAUCUGGCAAAUCAAGUAGUCCCCCAGUAGUUGGUGCUCACUUAACUUCUUUGGCUUUACCUGGCAAGCCUGAAAGCGUUGUAUCACUCACAAGUCAGUGCAGCUACAGUAGUACCAUUGUUCAUGUUGGAGACAAAAAAACACAACCUGAAUUAGAAAUGAUAGAAGAUGGUCCGAGUGGAGCAGAACUCCUAGAUAGCCAACUUCUUGCACCUCCAUCCAGCUCUGUGCAUGUAAAUCAGGAAAAGGAGUCAUUUAAAAAACUGGGACUUACAAAGGAAGUCCUUGCAGUGCAUACACAAAAAGAAGAGCAGAGCUUUUUGAACAAGUUCAAAGAAGUAAAGAGAUUUAAUAUUUUUCAGUCCCACUGCAAUUACUACUUACAAGAUAAACCCAAAGGACGGCCUGCUGAACGUGGUGGUCGUGGACAAAGAAAUGGCACUUCUGGAAUGGAUCAGCCUUGGAAGAAAAGCGGAAAAAACAGGAAGUCAAAACGCAUUAAACCACAGGAAUCUUCAGACAGUACAACUUCUGGAACUAAAUUUCCCCAUCGGUUUCCUCUUCAAGGCUUAAAUACUACUGCUUGGUCACCAUCAGACACUUCACAAGCAAGCUAUUCAGCCAUGUCUUUUCCCACCGUUAUGCCUGCAUAUCCCCUUCCUGUUUUUCCAGCAGCAGGGACUGUGCCACCAGCUCCUGAGACUUCACUCUCUAGUUUUAAUCAGUUGCCAGACUCUGGAAAUACUUGCCCUAUGCAACCAUCCCAGUUCUCUGCCCCCCUCAUGACACCCGUCGUAGCUCUUGUGCUCCCCAACUACGUGUACCCAGAGAUGAACAGUAGCUUACCUCAAACACUUUACCACAGCCAAGCCAACUUUCCUACCCCAUCUCCUUUCUCUUCACAGACAGUAUUUCCAGCACAGACACCAUUCAGUACUCCCAACCCUUUCCCGCAACAGGCGUUUUUUCCAACACAACCAUUCCAUUAUAAUGCACCAGCAGAAAGUGAAAAGGUUCCUGCCACAGAGACACGAAAUGAGCCAUCCCGUUCUUGCACUCCACAGUCAGUGGGUGCUCAAGACCAGGCUUCUCCACCUUUAUUCCAGUCAAGGUGUAGUUCUCCUCUGAAUCUUCUGCAACUAGAGGAAACCACAAAAACUGUGGAAAGUGGAGCUCCUGCAGGUUUGCAUGGAGCUUUAAAUGAGGAAGGAGCCAUAGGCAGCAAAAUUGUGACAACUGAUGACUGCAGUGGAAAGGGAUCCCUACCAGCUGAAUCUCCAAUGGAUGCUCAAAAUAGCGAUGCACUCUCCAUGUCCAGUGUCCUGCUUGACAUUUUACUUCAAGAAGAUGCAUGUUCAGGCACUGGCUCAGCUUCGUCAGGGAGCGGUGUAUCUGCAGCUGCUGAAUCUCUAGGGUCUGGUUCUAAUGGCUGUGACAUGUCAGGGAGCAGAACAGGUAGUAGUGAAACUAGUCAUACCAGCAAAUACUUCGGGAGUAUUGACUCUUCAGAAAAUCAUCAUAAAACAAAAAUGAAGGCAGAAAUGGAAGAAAGUGAGCACUUCAUUAAAUAUGUCCUUCAGGAUCCUAUAUGGCUUUUGAUGGCAAACACAGAUGACACUGUUAUGAUGACUUACCAGAUACCUUCUCGAGAUUUGGAAACAGUUUUAAAAGAAGAUAAGCAGAAAUUAAAGCAAAUGCAGAAACUACAGCCAAAAUUUACAGAAGAACAGAAAAGAGAGCUCAUUGAAGUUCAUCCAUGGAUCCAACAAGGUGGACUGCCAAAAACUGUUGCUAAUUCUGAAUGUAUUUUUUGUGAGGACAAUAUACAGAGCAAUUUUUAUACAUCAUAUGAUGAGGAAAUCCACGAAAUGGACCUUAAUGAAAUGAUUGAAGACAGUGGGGAAAACAACUUGGUUUCUCUGAGUCACGUCAGUGAAGAACAAACAUAGCCUUUGAGCCUGUUGCUUUUAAAGCUGCUUCAGAAUUAUGGUGAUGAUCCAUAAAAGUUUUAAUCUUGUUUCCAGCAAGAUGAAUCUGGUUCGUAAAACAAAUGUGUUUUUCUUGCUCUAAGAGUCAUUUGUGAAAGAAUCUCUUUUUAAAUGGUGGCAAUCUCUUCCCAGUAAGGACAUUGUUGAAGAUGGUAUAGCUUUUCUUUAAAAAAAAAAAAAAGACUCAUAUUUUGCACUCAUAUGCCUCGAGUAUUUCUUUAUGAACUAUAAAAGCUUUCAUUGAUGCCUACUGAGUGGGUCAAUGAGUACUGAAAAUCCCUUUGCGAACAUCCAGUUCUUCAAAUCUCCUUUGGGUAAUGAUUCAGCAUUAUACAUUGUUCUAGGCGUUUUGCCUAGUGGCUCUUUAGCAUUGCUCUUAAUAUCUGAAGUGGUCCAGCAUACUAGAAGAAAUAACCUUCCAGAAAAUCAAUUCGCACUUUCCCUUCUCGUACCAGUUGAUUCAUCAUCUUUGUUUCCUGUAGUUUUGACUAUAGGAACACUUUUUGUCUCAGAGGAAUGUUAAACUAAUUUCGUAAAGUGAUCUUCGGUUAAAAUAUUUACAUGGAUAUGUAAGAAAGUAUAGGUGAGUGCUGACUACUCUGUAGCCUUUUGUUAAAUGGACACUGCGAUCCUAUGAACUGAUUAUUAUCCUGAAGCAUCAUUUCUGACAAUUCAUACAUGGGAAAUCUUUAAGCAUAAAGAUUUAAAAACUGAGACCACAGAGGUUAACUGCCUAUGCUCCUGUGACUGUUAGACAAAACUUGGCAUAACUUGUACCUUUCUUUUUGAUUUGUUCCAUCAGGAGGUUGGCCGUGGCUUUUUUUCUGUUUGGCUAAACAAACAUACAUCAAACUUGCACAUGGCAAGGAAGGAUUAGACGUUUUCAUAAUUGCAAGAUAGCUCUUAUAAAAAGAGAUUGUGAGAAUACCAUUGACUUUCAUUAUGUUUGAAUUGCAUAAUCUAAAACUUGGUGUGGCUGGAAUCCUUUGCUGUCAAGGAUUUAAUUUUAAUGCCUCUGAGAUUGUAUCAACUUGAAUAUAUUCGCUUUAUGUUCUUGCACUGUUUGUACAUGUUGGAUGUGGGAAGAGAACAAAAAGUAACUUAAUAUUGGUUAGUUAAAGGACAUUUAGUUGCACCACUGCUAGAUGUCAGCUUGUAGGUCUUGGAGGUGAAAAAUAUGGAGAAAUUCAAUUAACUUUUGAUAUGUUUGUCUUAAAAUAUUUUUCAUGGAAUGUGUUUCAUAUUUUUUUUGUUUUAAUUAGCAUAACAUUUCAUUGAGAUUUAAGGUUAUUUUCAUUCUAUAAAAAUAGUCCGCUUUGUAUACAAAGAGGACAUGAAGGUCGAUCUGACACCACCAAAAACAUGCAGAAGCAACUGGUAUUUGCUUAGUGGAAGAAAUGUGUAAAGGAAUUGGUUGUUAAUUGGACAGUGUCAUAAAGAAAUUUUCAAAGGAGGCAGGUUCUUCAGUUAGCAGAGAGUGUGAACUCGUGAAACAAGUAGAAUUACAACUUAAAGUAUCUUAAAUGUAGUGUGAAACACUACCCAGUAUGAUCUGAUUCCUGUCUUUAAUAGUUCAGCAAGGUCAAACUUUACUAUUUGUAAAUAUAAACUGAAUGAGAAACUUGGAAAAAUGUUGUAGUUCAAGUCCAUUGUAUUAAAUGUUUUUAAUCAUAAAUGGAACAGUGCAGCUAUACCAGCAUAUUACAUAUUCCUUUUUUUUGUUACAAGUAAACACAGUUUUAAUUGGACCAGGGUUUGGGAAAAAUAAAAGCUUUAUAUAAAGGAGCGCAUCAUAAUUAAAUUAUUUUCAGGGACUUCUCAACCACUUUGUGAACUUUGCUUUAGCAUGCUUUUUUUCUGGUUGUGUUUUUUGUUGGUUUUUGUUACUUUUUUUGUUCUCAUUUCUUCUUGUCGAUGACCAUCUUGUAACCAUAACUUAGUGAAAGGAAGAGAAAAGUAUAUUUAGAGCAUUUUGUGGAUGUGCUUACUUACGGACUUAAUCUUGCAUCCUUAAAGUGUUUGCAUUUACAGGGUGGUAUUAAAUAUUUUCCUGUAACUUUAAAUCUACAUGCCUCCAUUUAUAGAUAAGAUUCUGAAGCUGUAAUUUUUCCAAACUGUUGUAAGAUGAUUUACUUGUGAUGACACUUUGUCAACAUGUCAACAAUGUUUUCUGUACACUGUGCAAUAUAUUUUGGUUUUGCCACUUGUGACUAAUUUUUAUGACUUUGCUUUUUAGAAAACUGGUAAAUAAAACAGAUAUAUUUUUA